AUGAGCACGACGUCGCCCAUACCACCGAGUGGGGACACGUUCUCUUCGAUCACCUAUACAUCGAUUGGUACCUCCACUAUUAUAGCAUACUCCUCUUUUGGGUCAACCUCAGUACUCGUAACCCUGACAUCGACCUCAACGUCCGUGAUUCGUACCACAACUCCAGUACCAACUUCGGGAGCCAGGUCAAAUGAAGCUCCAAUUAUUGGAGGGAUUGUGGGCGGAGUCCUAGCCCUUCUGCUUCUCGGUAUUGCAGCAUGUUAUCUCAUCGGCCGCAGGCGGCGUCCGCGGGCCCACCAGCAGCUUUACGAUAGUGACCUUACCGCAACACUCUCUGCAGCAGAAGCAGCGACAAUGCGUGAGAAUCACCCUUACAGUCCUACGUACAGCUCUGUCGUAGGAGGGCAAGGUGCAAGUGAGAGUCGUGGCGCCCUGCAUCACGCCGCAAACUCCUUUGGCCCAUCGGCCUUCCCUCACCCAUCAUUUGCCGGUUCCUCGCAUAAUUUUUCUGGUAGUUUGUCGGGCUCAGCAUUGCACGAGGACUUUGACAGGGAGUCGGAUGGUGGCGGUAUCUGUUGGGACAACGAAUCAGAAGGCACGGAGAGAGAUUUCGCGAGCGCACAGAGUUUUUACGCGUCUAAUGAUGGGGAGUCUAGCCUGAGCGGCGGUAUAGGUAUCGCGAUCGGCUCUCAAUCAAGCAUAGAUCUCCACUCAUAUCACACCGCCGCUACCACACUUGUCGCGGGGGCCCACGCUAUUGUGGACAAUGACGAUAGCCCUGGACCAAGUCCUUCGGCAUUCCCCGUUCCCCCAGUGAACCCGUUCCUCGAUGGUGUCCGAGUCGUCGAUCUUUCUGAUUUUAUGGCCUCUCGUGCACCACAAAGCCGCCAAGUAGUCUCCGCUUUAACUGAAGACGCCGCGCUACCUCCUGUGAAAAUUCGCCGAUUCUCAGAGCAACAAGCGUCUUGGGCGGCGGCUGUAGCAGCUGCAAGCCCUGUAGAUCAUGAUGCGCCCACACCAAUAGCAACUCGGAGCCUCAAUGCGCUUAUAGGGGAUGUAAACGACGACGACCCAUCAAGUAAGGACCUCCAAACGCCCACACAGUCCCAUCCCCCAGUUACGCCAGUGAAUGAUUCGUAUUUCAUCAUCAAUCCACUUUUACGUGAAACGUCCCAGGAAGAGUUCAAUGAUGAUUCUGGGGACAGUAGCCACGAGACUGUCUCCAUCAUGUAUCCAUAUCCGUUCGAGUCCACGGACAAGGGCAAGGAGAAAGAGUACCUGUCCGCUGACUUGGGGGAUGAUCCCAAGAAUAACAGAUUAUCGAAUGCCAGUUCUGGUCUUGUGUUCCCCGAGGAUCCAUCGUCGAUUCUGAUGGACGUGAAGAUUGCUCAGUUUCCGCUGAAGCCCAAUGAGGAAGACAUCGAACGGAGAAUAGAGAGGGAGGACAGAAUUGGAGUACGAGAGGAGAGAUGA